GAAUAUAUGAGGCCUUUCCUCAUCUGGGAAAGUACACCGACAAGUCGUUGGAUUCUCCCCUGCCCAUUCCUCGUCUUCUUCGAUGGCACACGUCGAAGUGUGACAACAUAAUGGAAAGCGACCCGUUUAAGUACAAAGGAAAUAGCACAAAGAUUGUGCACCCGUACCUUACCCCUACUGUCCAUAAGAUGGAGCAGAGAUACAUGAAAACUUUUAAACCAUACAUGGAUGAAGUUAAGGAUACGUCCAUCGAUGCGUUGAAGGCAGAGCUAAAAGGCGUGACUGUCCUGACUUUAUCAGCGGAGGUCGCGGACGAAGAAGAAGAUUUGGGUGACCACCAUUAUAUUCCAAGUCCACCACCUGCUUGUGAUUAUGCUAGUUUAAGUGGACUUAAAACCUCACCAGACGCUUCUAAUGAUGAUGACCUGCGCGAGCGCGUUGCCUUGCUCGAGAAAAGUCUACUGGAUAUUUCUCCUUUUGUUAGAAUCAAGAAGAAUAAGAAGAAGCAACAAAAAGAAGUGCACCUCGACAAUCCCCUCUUAGCCGACAUCAAGUAAACCUCAACGAACUUACAGUCGUAGUGACGGACAUGGCUGCAGCAGAUAAAAAAAGUGAAGAAGAGAAAAAAAGAAGAAACGAAAGAGAAGAAUGCAGCAGAUAGAGAAGAAGAAAAAGAAAAAGAAAAAGAAAAAGAAAUAGAUGACAAUAAAAGCA